AUGGAAUCUCGCGAUUCACUUGACCCUUCUACUCUUUCAGGAAUUCCUGCAGCUUUCGACCCUUACAACACCAACAGCUUCGACGACGUCGUCUUUACCACCGACACCCUGGCGCUGGACGGAGCCGACUCCCCUCUCUUUCCCGCUGAUUGGGAUCAAGAGACUCCGACUUACGACGGAGGUCUCUAUUCGACACCCCUCAAUUGGGAGGCUCCGAUCGAGACCAAAAUCGAACCGAUUCCUCCAACUCCAUACACCACCAUGAACACACUCACUCCUGCUCAGCAAGAGAAAUUGCGCAAUAUCGCAAUGCCUCAACAUCUGCAAUACCGCGGUCAGCACAGUCCGAACUCGACUGCUAGCAACAAGAGCCGCUCGAUUUCGUCUCCCGACAAUCAUGAGGAACGAAGCCGAAAGCGCAAGUCCUCUGCAGAGGCAGACGACGACGAUGAUGAUGACUCGAACCCGCCGGUCAAGAAGACGGCCCACAACAUGAUCGAGAAGCGGUAUCGCACAAAUCUGAACGAUAAGAUCGCGGCGCUGCGGGACAGUGUACCAAGUCUACGAAUUAUGAACAAGACACGAAAUGGCGAUGAGCAGGUCCUCGCCAAGGCUACGGAGUACAUUCAUCACUUAGAGAAGCGCAACAAGCGAUUACUUGAGGAGAAUUCAGAACAGAAGGCACGCCUGGCAGCAUUCGAGACCCUCUUCCGUUCUGGCUCGAUGGGCUAUACAGCACCUCCAAUGGCUAAUCCAUUCCAAUUCAAUGAGUACAACACCCCAGGGCCGUCGCCCGGCGGCCUGGAGCCUCAAGGUAUGAUUCAGGUCCCUGAUGACAUGCGAAGACUUCAUGGUCACAUGAGCCAACAACAGCCAUUCUCUGUUCCUCAAGAGCAAUACCAACCAACCCGCCCAGUGGUCCAGGGUGGAUGGCAGAACAACCCUUACUUCGGCAAGUUGAUGGUAGGAUCUCUUGCUGGCUUGAUGUUCUUCGAAGGCAUGCGCGAGGCCGAGCAAGAAGAAGACACGCCUGGUGCUCGUGGUCUUUUUGCCCUUCCAGUACACCUCCUGAGAAGCCUCAGCAAUACCAUUCACUCUCACAUGGAGAUCCGUGUUGCUGGUUACCAUGUCUCGGCUGCAAACACCAUGGCAUACUUGAAGAUCAUCUUGGUCAUUGGCGCUCUGCUUUAUGCAUUCUUACCAUCGCUUUUCGUCUCAAAGCCCAAGCCAAGCAAUGGAAAGACCCAAACCGCUUCACUUGCUGCCGCACCCUCAUUGGCCUCUCCAAUCCAAGUUCGUCGACAAGCCUGGCUUACCGCAAUCCAAACUGUCUGGGUCCCACGUCACAACUUCUUCCUUGAAGCUGCCGCUCUAUGCUUGAAGAUGGUCAAGCUUAGCCUGCGAAACAUCAUUGGUCCCGAUGGCUAUGCUUACCUCACUGGCGUUACUCAACAAGAAGAAGCUGCCCGCAUCAAAGCCUGGACUAUCGCUCUCGAUGCUCAAUUGGCUGGUGGAGAUGUUGAGGUCAGCAAGAGUCGUCUCACUCUCACAUUGCUCGCCUCCGGUACUCUGCCAGAUACACCAGCUCGUCUCAUGCUAAAGGCAUUGCACAUUCGUGUCCUUCUGUGGGAAAUUGGCAAUUGUGGCUUCAGCGGUUAUUAUCUGUUUCAGGCUGUUGCGGCCAAACUCGCACGAUGGAAGUGGAACGAAGCAAAGCAACUUCAAGUACUAGCGUCAUACACCAAGGCCAAGCAAGAGGAUGAGCUGCCACCCUAUCUUGUUACUCUUCUCGAACAAGGCUGUGAUGAUGUUCUGGCCGACAGUAUUGGUCAACGCGCUUACAACCUUGCCUGGAACCUACCAACAACACAUGACACUGAUAGCCGUGGUGGCAGCGGUAUGGAUGGCGUCGUUGAUGACCACGCAAUCCGUAGCCCUCUGGACGCUGUCGCAGCCUGGUACUCAAGUCUUGUUCUUCAGCAAGCUCUUGCCCGAAGCCUCACCCCUGAAGGUGAAAAGGAUUCUAAGAAAGACCUUGCGGCUGAUAUCACUCUUGCCAUUAGAACAGCACCGAUUGGCUCUGCCGCACAAGCACGAGCUCUGGUAGCAUUUUCCGUUCUGAUUCAAAAGGAACGAGGACGCAACAUUGCCACCGCCAUCAAGGCUCUCACUCCGUUGGAGAACCAAGACAAAAAGCCCUCAAACUUGGUCAACACGAGCACUUCAACGGUUGGCUUUCCUGAUAUCAAGAUGUCCUUGAGUUGCGCAAUGGCAAUGGCACACAUGGUGCGCUACCCAGUUCCGCUAAAUCCUAAGCCAGCUCAUGAGAUCAUUGCCACUAUUCGCCCUACCAAUAUGACUCUUCUUGGCUUCACUUCUGCAUUCAGACUUAUGGAGACUAUCGAGGGUCACACUUUGGUCGCCGCCAGUUGCACCAAUGCUCUGGAAGGUUUGGCAGGUGCACUUAGAAUCUGGGUUGGCGGUAAGGACGGCGAACAAAACUGCCUUGACAAGGAAGUCAAGCAUGCCAUUGUCGAACGUUGCUUGAGCAUCCAGAAGCGAAUUGUCGGCAUGGAGGACGCUGGUUAUGAGAGCAGUGAGUAUCCCUGA